AUGAUGAUACUAAAUAAUGAGUAUUUUGGCAAAUUAGGCUUCGCGCACGUAGCUCAAGACAUUUUCUUGCUCGAGAACCAAAUCCCAUUUGUAGUACUGAAAGUUAUGUUGGAUUUGAGAAUCCCGGAUGGAAGUAAAGAGAUCUUAAACAAGUUCUUUAACUACUUAAACUAUGGAGAAAUGUCCACGAGGGAAGAAAAUGUUCUUAAGAAGAAGAAACCACUUCAUCUUCUUGAGCUUUAUAGGUCAAAUUUCAUCUUGCUUUCGUGUUCUCUUAGUCUUGGUUUGAUUAUUGUAGGCAAAUGGAAAACAUGCACGAAAAAGGUAGAAAAUGCUGAUGAAGAUUGGAAUUGUGCAAACCGAAAUCAGUCUUUUGCAUCGGUUACAUAG